AUGGAAGAUUAUAUCAAAAUAGAGGAAAUUGGAGAAGGUACCUAUGGAGUUGUUAGACACAAAACUACAGGUCAAGUGGUAGCCAUGAAGAAAAUCAGACUAGAAAGUGAAGAAGAAGGGGUUCCUAGUACUGCAAUUCAGGAAAUUUCUCUAUUAAAAGAACUUCAUCAUCCAAAUAUAGUCAGUCUUCAAGAUGUGCUUAUGCAAGAUUCUAGGUUAUAUCUCAUCUUUGAAUUCCUUUCCAUGGAUCUCAAGAAAUACUUAGAUUCCAUCCCUCCUGGUCAGUUCAUGGAUUCUUCACUUGUUAAGAGUUAUUUCUAUGAAAUCCUACAAGGGAUUGUGUUUUGCCACUCCAGAAGAGUUCUGCACAGAGACUUAAAACCUCAAAAUCUAUUGAUUGAUGACAAAGGAACAAUUAAACUGGCUGAUUUGGGCCUUGCCAGAGCUUUUAGAAUACCUAUUAGAGUAUACACACAUGAGGUGGUAACACUCUGGUAUAGAUCACCAGAAGUAUUGCUGGGGUCAGCUCGCUACUCGACUCCAGUUGACAUUUGGAGUAUAGGCAGCAUAUUUGCAGAAUUAGCAAUGAAGAAAUCACUUUUCCAUGGGGAUUCAGAAAUCGAUCAACUUUUCAGAAUUUUCAGAGCUUGGGGCACUCCCAAUAAUGAAGUGUGGCCAGAAGUGGAAUCUUUACAGGACUAUAAGAAUACAUUUCCCAAGUGGAAACCAGGAAGACUGGCAUCCCAUGUUAAAAACUUGGAUGAAAAUGGCUUGGAUCUGCUCUCGAAAAUGUUAGUCUAUGAUCCUGCCAAACGAAUUUCUGGCAAAAUGGCACUAAAUCAUCCAUAUUUUAAUGAUUUGUACAAUCAGAUUAAGAAGAUGUAG